GAGGCAGAGGGUGGAGAGAAAGAGCACGCCGAGAGGAGGUGUGGGUGUUCCGCUUCCAUCCUAACGGAGCGAGCUCCCUCUUCGCGAACAUGGGAUUACCCAGCGGCUGCUAACCCCUCUCCUCGCCCUGCUCCCCCAAACCGGCGUGGCUCCCCGGGCACCAAGGAGCUGAUAACAGAGGAGCAAGAUUCGCACCCCUGGCUUGGCGGGUAUUGGCAGUGGAGUGCCUGACCUGGGUCAGGAUUUUCAAGAAAGACAUGUCUGACAAGAUGUCUAGUUUCCUACAUAUUGGGGACAUUUGUUCUCUGUACGCGGAGGGAUCGACAAAUGGAUUUAUUAGCACCUUGGGCCUUGUUGAUGAUCGUUGUGUUGUACAGCCAGAAACCGGGGACCUUAACAAUCCACCCAAGAAAUUCAGAGAUUGCCUCUUUAAACUAUGUCCUAUGAAUCGAUACUCUGCCCAGAAGCAGUUCUGGAAAGCCGCUAAGCCAGGGGCUAACAGCACAACAGAUGCCGUACUGCUCAACAAACUACAUCAUGCUGCAGACUUGGAAAAGAAGCAGAAUGAAACAGAAAACAGGAAAUUGCUGGGGACCAUAAUCCAGUAUGGCAACGUGAUCCAGCUCCUGCAUUUGAAAAGUAAUAAAUACCUAACUGUAAAUAAGAGGCUUCCAGCUCUGCUGGAGAAGAAUGCCAUGAGAGUGACAUUGGACGAGGCUGGAAAUGAAGGGUCCUGGUUUUAUAUUCAGCCAUUCUACAAGCUGCGAUCCAUCGGAGACAGUGUGGUCAUAGGUGACAAGGUUGUUCUGAAUCCUGUCAAUGCUGGCCAGCCGCUGCAUGCCAGCAGCCAUCAGCUGGUGGACAACCCAGGCUGCAAUGAGGUCAAUUCCGUCAACUGCAAUACAAGCUGGAAAAUAGUCCUUUUCAUGAAAUGGAGUGAUAACAAAGAUGACAUAUUAAAGGGGGGUGACGUGGUGAGGCUGUUCCAUGCUGAGCAGGAGAAGUUUCUCACCUGUGACGAGCACAGGAAGAAGCAGCACGUCUUCCUGAGAACUACUGGCCGGCAGUCGGCCACAUCUGCCACCAGUUCAAAAGCCCUGUGGGAGGUGGAGGUGGUCCAACAUGACCCGUGUCGGGGUGGAGCGGGAUACUGGAACAGCCUCUUCCGUUUCAAGCAUCUUGCUACAGGGCAUUACUUAGCAGCAGAGGUAGACCCUGACUUUGAGGAAGAAUGCCUGGAGUUUCAGCCCUCAGUGGACCCUGAUCAGGAUGCCUCUCGAAGCAGAUUGCGAAAUGCCCAAGAAAAGAUGGUGUACUCCCUAGUCUCCGUGCCCGAAGGCAAUGACAUCUCCUCCAUUUUUGAGUUAGAUCCCACCACUCUCCGUGGAGGUGAUAGCCUUGUCCCAAGAAACUCCUAUGUCCGGCUCCGACACCUGUGUACUAAUACCUGGGUUCACAGCACAAAUAUCCCCAUUGACAAAGAAGAAGAAAAGCCCGUAAUGCUGAAAAUUGGCACCUCCCCUGUGAAGGAGGAUAAGGAAGCAUUUGCCAUAGUUCCAGUUUCUCCUGCUGAGGUUCGGGACCUGGACUUUGCCAACGAUGCCAGCAAGGUGCUGGGCUCCAUAGCUGGGAAGCUGGAGAAGGGCACCAUUACCCAGAACGAAAGAAGGUCUGUAACCAAGCUGCUGGAAGACUUGGUUUACUUUGUCACUGGUGGAACUAACUCUGGUCAAGACGUGCUUGAAGUGGUCUUCUCCAAGCCCAACAGAGAAAGGCAGAAGCUGAUGAGAGAACAGAAUAUUCUCAAGCAGAUCUUCAAGUUGUUACAGGCCCCAUUCACAGACUGUGGCGAUGGCCCAAUGCUGCGGCUUGAGGAGCUUGGGGACCAGCGGCAUGCUCCUUUCAGACAUAUCUGCCGGCUCUGCUACAGGGUCCUGAGACACUCACAGCAAGACUACAGGAAGAACCAGGAGUACAUAGCCAAGCAGUUUGGCUUCAUGCAGAAGCAGAUUGGCUAUGAUGUGCUGGCUGAAGACACGAUCACUGCCCUGCUCCACAAUAACCGAAAACUCCUGGAAAAACACAUCACCGCUGCGGAGAUCGACACAUUUGUCAGUCUGGUGCGAAAGAACAGGGAGCCCAGAUUCUUAGAUUACCUCUCUGACCUGUGUGUGUCCAUGAACAAAUCGAUUCCAGUGACCCAGGAACUGAUAUGUAAAGCUGUGCUGAAUCCAACUAAUGCUGACAUCCUGAUUGAGACCAAGUUGGUACUUUCUCGUUUUGAAUUUGAAGGUGUUUCUACUGGAGAGAAUGCUCUGGAGGCAGGAGAAGAUGAGGAAGAGGUGUGGCUAUUUUGGAGGGACAGCAACAAAGAAAUUCGCAGCAAGAGUGUCAGGGAACUGGCACAAGAUGCUAAAGAAGGUCAAAAGGAAGACCGAGAUGUUCUCAGCUACUACAGGUAUCAGCUGAACCUUUUUGCUCGAAUGUGUCUGGACCGCCAGUACCUCGCCAUUAAUGAAAUAUCAGGCCAGCUGGAUGUAGAUCUCAUUCUCCGCUGCAUGUCUGAUGAGAACCUACCCUACGACCUGAGGGCAUCCUUCUGUCGUCUUAUGCUUCAUAUGCACGUGGACCGAGAUCCCCAGGAGCAAGUCACUCCCGUGAAAUAUGCCCGCCUCUGGUCCGAGAUUCCCUCUGAGAUCGCCAUCGAUGAUUAUGAUAAUAGUGGAACUUCCAAAGAUGAAAUUAAAGAGAGGUUCGCUCAGACCAUGGAAUUUGUGGAGGAGUAUUUAAGAGACGUCGUUUGUCAGAGGUUUCCUUUCUCUGAUAAGGAGAAAAAUAAGCUUACAUUUGAGGUUGUAAAUUUAGCUAGAAAUCUCAUCUACUUUGGUUUCUACAACUUCUCUGACCUCCUACGAUUAACCAAAAUCCUCCUGGCCAUACUGGACUGUGUACACGUGACGACAAUCUUCCCCAUUAGCAAGAUGGCAAAAGGAGAAGAGAAUAAAGGCAGUAACGUCAUGCGGUCCAUCCAUGGGGUUGGAGAGCUGAUGACCCAGGUGGUGCUCCGGGGAGGAGGCUUUUUGCCCAUGACUCCUAUGGCUGCCGCCCCUGAAGGCAAUGUGAAGCAGGCAGAGCCAGAGAAGGAGGACAUCAUGGUCAUGGACACCAAGUUGAAGAUCAUUGAAAUACUCCAGUUUAUUUUGAAUGUGAGGUUGGAUUAUAGGAUCUCCUGCCUCCUGUGUAUAUUUAAACGCGAGUUUGAUGAAAGCAAUUCCCAGACUUCAGAAACUUCCUCUGGAAACAGCAGCCAAGAAGGACCAAGUAAUGUACCAGGUGCUCUUGACUUUGAACACAUUGAAGAGCAAGCAGAAGGCAUCUUUGGAGGAAGUGAGGAGAACACCCCACUGGACUUGGACGAUCAUGGCGGCAGAACCUUCCUCCGAGUCCUGCUCCAUUUGACGAUGCACGACUACCCACCCCUGGUGUCGGGGGCCCUGCAGCUCCUCUUUCGGCACUUCAGUCAGAGGCAGGAGGUCCUGCAGGCCUUCAAACAGGUUCAACUACUUGUCACCAGCCAAGAUGUCGACAACUACAAACAGAUAAAACAAGACUUGGAUCAACUGAGAUCCAUCGUGGAAAAGUCAGAGCUUUGGGUGUACAAAGGGCAGGGCCCCGAUGAGGCCAUGGAUGGUGCAUCUGGUGAAAACGAACAUAAGAAAACAGAGGAAGGGAAUAACAAGUCGCAAAAGCAUGAAAGCACCAGCAGCUACAACUACAGGGUAGUAAAAGAGAUUUUGAUUCGGCUCAGCAAACUCUGUGUUCAAGAGAGCGCCUCUGUGAGGAAGAGCAGGAAGCAGCAGCAACGCCUGCUCCGGAACAUGGGCGCACACGCUGUGGUGCUGGAGCUGCUGCAGAUUCCCUACGAGAAGGCCGAAGAUACCAAGAUGCAGGAGAUAAUGAGGCUGGCUCAUGAAUUUCUGCAGAAUUUCUGUGCAGGCAACCAGCAGAAUCAAGCUUUGCUACACAAACACAUAAACCUGUUUCUCAACCCGGGGAUCCUGGAGGCGGUAACGAUGCAGCACAUCUUCAUGAACAAUUUCCAGCUCUGCAGUGAGAUCAAUGAGAGAGUCGUCCAGCACUUCGUCCACUGCAUCGAGACUCAUGGUCGAAACGUCCAGUACAUAAAGUUCUUACAGACGAUUGUCAAGGCGGAAGGGAAAUUCAUUAAAAAGUGCCAAGACAUGGUCAUGGCUGAGCUGGUUAAUUCAGGAGAGGAUGUCCUCGUGUUCUACAAUGACAGAGCCUCUUUCCAGACUCUAAUCCAGAUGAUGAGGUCGGAACGGGACCGGAUGGAUGAGAACAGCCCUCUCAUGUACCACAUCCACCUGGUCGAGCUCUUGGCUGUGUGCACAGAGGGCAAGAACGUCUACACAGAGAUAAAGUGCAACUCUCUGCUCCCGCUGGAUGACAUCGUCCGCGUGGUGACCCAUGAGGACUGCAUCCCCGAGGUUAAAAUUGCGUACAUUAACUUCCUGAAUCACUGCUAUGUGGAUACUGAGGUGGAAAUGAAGGAGAUUUACACCAGCAAUCACAUGUGGAAAUUGUUUGAGAAUUUCCUCGUAGACAUCUGCAGGGCCUGUAACAACACAAGUGACAGGAAACAUGCAGACUCAAUUUUGGAGAAGUACGUUACCGAAAUUGUCAUGAGUAUUGUUACUACCUUCUUCAGUUCUCCCUUCUCAGACCAGAGUACAACUUUGCAGACUCGCCAACCUGUCUUUGUGCAGCUGCUGCAAGGUGUGUUCAGGGUUUACCACUGCAACUGGUUAAUGCCAAGCCAAAAAGCCUCCGUGGAGAGCUGUAUUCGAGUGCUCUCUGAUGUAGCCAAGAGCCGGGCCAUCGCCAUUCCUGUGGACCUGGACAGCCAAGUCAAUAACCUCUUUCUAAAGUCCCACAACAUUGUACAGAAGACUGCCAUGAACUGGCGGCUGACGGCCCGCAAUGCAGCUCGCAGAGACUCUGUUCUGGCAGCUUCCAGAGACUACCGGAAUAUCAUUGAGAGAUUGCAGGACAUCGUCUCAGCACUGGAGGACCGUCUGAGGCCACUGGUACAGGCUGAGUUAUCUGUGCUGGUGGACGUUCUCCACAGACCUGAGCUGCUUUUCCCAGAGAACACAGAUGCCAGAAGAAAGUGUGAAAGUGGAGGCUUCAUUUGCAAGUUAAUAAAGCAUACCAAACAGCUGCUGGAGGAGAAUGAGGAGAAGCUCUGCAUUAAGGUCCUCCAGACCCUGAGAGAAAUGAUGACCAAAGAUAGAGGCUAUGGAGAAAAGGGUGAGGCGCUCAGGCAAAUUUUGGUCAACCGUUACUAUGGAAACAUCAGACCUUCAGGAAGAAGAGAGAGCCUUACCAGCUUUGGCAAUGGCCCGCUGUCACCAGGAGGACCCAGCAAGCCUGGGGGAGGAGGAGGAGGUUCCGGGUCCAGCUCCAUGAGCAGGGGUGAGAUGAGCCUGGCUGAGGUCCAGUGCCACCUCGACAAGGAGGGGGCCUCCAAUCUAGUCAUCGAUCUCAUAAUGAAUGCAUCCAGUGACCGAGUGUUCCAUGAAAGCAUUCUCCUGGCCAUCGCCCUUCUGGAAGGAGGCAACACCACCAUACAGCACUCCUUUUUCUGCCGGUUGACAGAAGAUAAGAAGUCGGAGAAAUUUUUCAAGGUCUUCUAUGACCGAAUGAAGGUGGCCCAGCAAGAAAUCAAGGCAACAGUGACGGUGAACACCAGUGACUUGGGAAAUAAAAAGAAAGAUGAUGAGAUAGACAGGGAUGCCCCAUCACGGAAAAAAGCCAAAGAGCCCACAACACAAAUAACAGAAGAGGUCCGAGAUCAGCUCCUGGAAGCCUCUGCUGCCACCAGGAAAGCCUUCACCACCUUCAGGAGGGAGGCUGACCCAGACGACCACUACCAGUCUGGGGAGGGUGCCCAGGCCACAGCAGACAAGACCAAGGAUGACCUGGAGAUGAGUGCGGUCAUCACCAUCAUGCAGCCCAUCCUCCGCUUCCUGCAGCUCCUGUGUGAAAACCACAACCGGGACCUGCAGAACUUCCUUCGUUGCCAAAAUAACAAGACCAAUUACAAUUUGGUAUGUGAGACAUUGCAGUUUCUGGACUGUAUUUGUGGAAGCACAACUGGAGGCCUUGGUCUUCUUGGACUCUAUAUAAAUGAGAAGAACGUAGCACUUAUCAACCAAACCCUGGAAAGUCUGACUGAAUACUGUCAAGGACCUUGCCAUGAGAACCAGAAUUGCAUAGCCACCCAUGAAUCGAAUGGCAUUGACAUCAUCACAGCCCUGAUCCUCAAUGACAUCAAUCCCUUGGGAAAGAAGAGGAUGGACCUUGUAUUGGAACUGAAGAACAAUGCUUCGAAGUUGCUCCUGGCCAUCAUGGAGAGCAGGCACGACAGCGAAAAUGCAGAGAGGAUACUUUAUAACAUGAGACCAAAAGAACUGGUGGAAGUGAUCAAGAAAGCCUACAUGCAAGGUGAAGUGGAAUUUGAGGAUGGAGAAAACGGGGAGGAUGGAGCUGCCUCCCCCAGGAAUGUGGGGCACAACAUCUACAUAUUAGCUCAUCAGUUGGCUCGGCAUAACAAAGAACUUCAGAACAUGCUGAAACCUGGUGGCCAAGUGGAUGGAGAUGAAGCUCUGGAGUUUUAUGCCAAGCACACAGCCCAGAUAGAGAUUGUCAGAUUAGACCGAACGAUGGAACAGAUUGUCUUCCCCGUGCCCAGCAUAUGUGAAUUCCUAACCAAGGAGUCAAAACUACGAAUCUACUACACUACAGAGAGGGAUGAGCAAGGCAGCAAGAUCAACGAUUUCUUCCUGCGGUCCGAAGACCUCUUCAAUGAAAUGAACUGGCAAAAGAAACUGAGAGCCCAGCCCGUUCUCUAUUGGUGUGCCCGCAAUAUGUCUGUCUGGAGCAGCAUUUCAUUUAACCUGGCUGUCCUGAUGAAUCUGCUUGUGGCGUUUUUCUACCCAUUUAAAGGAGUCCGAGGAGGAACACUGGAGCCACACUGGUCGGGACUACUGUGGACAGCCAUGCUCAUCUCUCUGGCCAUCGUCAUUGCCCUCCCCAAGCCCCAUGGCAUCCGAGCCUUAAUUGCUUCCACGAUCCUGCGGUUGAUAUUUUCAGUUGGGUUACAACCUACAUUGUUUCUUCUGGGAGCUUUCAACGUCUGCAAUAAAAUCAUCUUUCUAAUGAGCUUUGUGGGCAACUGUGGAACAUUCACCAGAGGCUACCGAGCCAUGGUUCUGGAUGUGGAGUUCCUUUAUCAUUUGUUAUAUCUGCUGAUCUGCGCCAUGGGACUCUUUGUGCAUGAAUUCUUCUACAGUUUGCUGCUUUUUGAUUUAGUGUACAGAGAAGAGACUCUGCUUAAUGUCAUUAAAAGCGUCACUCGCAAUGGACGGUCCAUCAUCCUGACGGCGGUUCUGGCUUUGAUCCUGGUUUACCUGUUCUCAAUAGUGGGCUAUCUUUUUUUCAAGGAUGAUUUCAUCUUGGAAGUAGAUAGGCUGCCCAAUGAAACAGCUCUUCCAGAUGCCGGGGAGAGUUUGGCAAGUGAGUUCCUGUACUCUGACGUGUGUAGGGUGGAGACUGGGGAGAAUUGCUCCUCUCCUGCACCCAAAGAAGAGCUGGUCCCUGCCGAAGAGACAGAGCAAGAUAAAGAGCACACGUGCGAGACGCUGCUCAUGUGCAUCGUCACGGUGCUGAGUCACGGGCUACGGAGCGGGGGCGGAGUCGGAGAUGUGCUCAGGAAGCCUUCCAAAGAGGAACCCCUCUUUGCUGCUAGAGUGAUCUAUGACCUCUUGUUCUUCUUCAUGGUCAUCAUCAUCGUCCUUAAUCUGAUUUUCGGGGUCAUCAUUGACACCUUUGCUGACCUGAGGAGUGAAAAGCAGAAGAAAGAGGAGAUCUUAAAGACCACAUGCUUUAUCUGUGGCUUGGAAAGGGACAAGUUUGACAACAAGACAGUCACCUUUGAAGAGCACAUCAAGGAGGAACACAACAUGUGGCACUACCUGUGCUUCAUCGUGCUGGUGAAAGUGAAGGACUCCACGGAGUACACCGGGCCCGAGAGUUACGUGGCAGAAAUGAUCAAGGAAAGAAACCUUGACUGGUUCCCCAGGAUGAGAGCCAUGUCUUUGGUCAGCAGCGAUUCUGAAGGAGAACAGAAUGAGCUGCGGAACCUACAGGAGAAGCUGGAGUCCACCAUGAAGCUUGUCACGAAUCUUUCUGGCCAGCUGUCAGAAUUAAAAGAUCAGAUGACAGAACAAAGGAAGCAGAAACAAAGAAUUGGUCUUCUAGGACAUCCUCCUCACAUGAAUGUCAACCCACAGCAACCAGCAUAAGCAAAUGAAAUAAAGAGAACGUAUUUACCUUUUUUAAUUAUUAUUAGUGUGGGUAUGGCUAAUUAGUUCUGAUUCACCCACAAAGGUUACAUUUAUGCUUAGUACAUUUGUAAAUACUCAGUUUUAUACUGUAUGUAUAUGAUUGCUACUCUCAAGGUUUGGAUAUAUGUAUUGUAAUUAGAAUUGUUGGCAUGAUGAAAUUUCAGUUGUGCCAAAAAAUAUUAAAAAUGCCUUUUUUGGAAGGACUAAAGAAAGCACCUGAUUUGCACUUGAACCAGAUUAUAGUUUAAAAGUAUAUGACAUGUAUUUUGUAUUUAAAACUAGAAUAGCCAGUAUUUAUGUUUUUUACAAAACUGUGCAAUACGAAUUAUGCAAUCACAAUAAAUUUGUAACUCCUGAGUAUCCUAAGGGAGUGCACAUCUUUGAAGCUGGUGUGUUAAUACUAUGUAAUAAAUGGUUAAAUAUCAAAUGAUGCUGCUGCCAAAAUCAUAUUAAUAGUGAGUUUCAGGCCCCUGGGCAUUUUGUACCCUAUAAUUACCCUGUGGUGAUACUGUUUCUCGUUGCUAGUGGCAUUAGUGCCUCUGUCUUAAAGCAACAGUGCUCCAAGUCUAUGAACUGUCAAGUCAGCAUUCAUUUUAAGAAAAGCAACUUUAGUUUCAAAGAUACUUUUAAGCUUCUGAAUUGAUCAUUUAAACUAUUUCUUUAAAUAAGAGAGCUAAAUUAGAGGCUCAGACUUUAGCUUGUGAAGUUAAUGAAUUUUUUAAAGGGAACUUUUUAUGCAACGUUUGGGAUAAACGCAUACUGCUGGCCAACAAUGUCAUCUCCUAGGUGAAUGUUGGUGUCACAUUAUGAAGAAAUGAAUAAUUGAUGGUCUCUAGAUUAUCUAGUCUGAACAGUAGAGUUGAUUUUUUCUUCAUCUGAACCAACAUGCUACAGUAGCUAAGAAGUAUUAAACUAUAUACAUCCAUAUAAAGAUGAAAUAUGAUCUAUCCCGUUAGAACUCAUAGUUGAACACUGACAUGUUAUUCUUGUGAAAGAGCCACGUUUUGGUUUUAUUUCUUUGUCACAUGAUUUCUUUUCUUGAUGGACGAAAAGUAUGAAAGGAAACUUUUAUAUCUGUUGCCUAGUUUUGUACAUGGAUCUCAUUUUACAAGAGAAUCUCUCUGCAAAAAAGUUUAAAAAUGUAUUGAAAGCAGAGUUCUGAAAUGAGUACUUAAAGUUUGUAAAUGCAUAUAUAAAAAUAAAUAUUUAAUAAAUGAUGCAGAAUAAUA